AUGUGGUUAUUCUUACUGUUGUCCAUUAUCAGUACUUUGAACGCUAUCCCUGUCGACAAUGGUGUUGAAGGAGAGCCUGAGGUGGAAUGUGGACCCAGCUCAAUUACAGUAAACUUCAAUACCAGAAAUCCUUUCGAAGGUCAUGUAUACAUAAAAGGAUUAUUUGAUCAUCAAGAGUGUCGCAGUGAUGAAGGAGGCCGCCAAGUCGCUGGAAUGGAAAUACCAUUCGAUAGCUGUAAUACAGCUCGUACACGUUCUUUGAACCCUAGGGGAAUUUUCGUCACCGCAACUGUAGUGAUAUCUUUCCAUCCACAAUUCGUUACUAAAGUCGACAGGGCUUACCGCAUUCAAUGCUUCUACAUGGAAUCAGACAAAACCGUUUCAACCCAGAUUGAAGUAUCAGAGCUCACCACUGCAUUCCAAACUCAAGUUGUGCCAAUGCCUAUCUGUAAAUACGAAAUUUUGGAAGGAGGACCAACUGGCCAACCAGUACAAUUUGCUACCAUCGGUCAACAAGUUUACCACAAAUGGACUUGCGAUUCUGAAACUACUGAUACCUUCUGUGCAGUUGUGCACUCUUGCACUGUUGAUGACGGUAAUGGAGAUACUGUUCAAAUUUUGAACGAAGACGGAUGUGCUCUUGAUAAGUUCUUACUGAAUAACUUGGAGUACCCAACAGACUUGAUGGCUGGUCAAGAAGCUCACGUUUAUAAAUACGCAGACAGAUCCCAGUUGUUCUACCAAUGUCAGAUAAGUAUCACGAUCAAAGACCCUAAUACCGAAUGUCCAAGACCACAGUGUACUGAACCACAAGGGUUCGGAGCUGUAAAGCAAGGCACAGGUCCUCAUGUUGCCACCAACCCAGCUCCAGCUGCUGCAGCUGCCCCAGCGGUCGUUGCUGCCGGUGCUGCUGCUGUUAACAUUCGACUCCUCAAGAAAAGAUCUGCUGAUAAUGAAGCCGUUCUUGAUGUCCGCGCCGAGUUGACAACUCUUGAAAUUCUAGAUGGGGAAGAACAACCCAACUUCCAAUCACCAGAAGCUCUCGUUGGAGAACGAAGCGAACCAAUGGGAUUCUGCCUGUCUCCCCUUCACUUUUCUCUUUUCUUAACGCUUUCCAUUUUACUGUCAACAAUGCUCUCUGCAAUCGUUUUCUGCAAUACAAAAUCCACCUUCAAGUGCUAA